CAGCUGUCAGUAUGGUGAACAAUGUAAGUUUCUUCAUGUGACCUCUCAACAGCCAAAAUCUAAUUCAUUUGGAUUUGGCAUGCAAAAUGGCACUCAGCUCGAGCGCCCAAAUUUACAACAGCAAAAGCCCAGUCCUUUUGGGUUUGGUGUUCAGAACAACUCUCAAUCAAGAGGGUCCGGUGAUUUUGGAUCCAAACAGAACCAAUUCAAGCCUUUUGAAAAUAAAUGGACUCGUUUCUCCCCCAUCAAUAAUGGUAGUUCCUCUGCAUUGCGACAACCAGAUAAUCAGCCUUCAGCACCUAAUCAUAAUUGCGUGGAUCCUGAGUCAUGCAAAAGCCAAAUUAAGGAAGACUUCGAGCAUGAGAGACCGCUUUGGAAGCUUACUUGUUAUGGUCACCGUAAAAAUGGUCCUUGUGACAUUGUUGGCGAUAUUAGCUACGAAGAAUUGCGGGCAACAGCAUACGAUGAUGCUAAGCGUGGUUUGAGCCUGGAUUUAAUUGUUCAGAGAGAGAGGAGCUUACUUAAUUCCAAGUUGCUUGAAUUUGAAAGACUACUUCGUAAUCCUUACACAGUUCCAUCAAAUUCUACUCUCGCUAGACAAAGCUUUCCAGGAGCAAAUCCAAAUUCAUCCCAGCAAGCUGCACAAACUAAUGGACCUCCUUCAGUCUCAAGUUUCAGCCAACUGGGUGCAUCUUUAAAUACAGGGUUUGCAGUGAGGCCUGCUGCUCUACCAAAUAAUGCAUUUGGGCAACCAAAUAAUGUCUUUGGGCAACCAAAUAAUGCAUUUGGGCACCCAAAGCCGUCUCAAAAUUUCGGUCAGCCAUCAAAUGUGUUUGGGACCAGUAACUUUUCAUUUGGAAAUACAGCCAAACCCAGUCACAUGGAAGCUCCUUUACCUUUGGCCCAGCAAGCUUCGGCAGCAGUGUCACAAGUGCUGAGAAUCCAUUUCGUUCUGCAGCUGGCCCUGAUUCUGCCUCUAAUGCUGUUGCACAAUCAACUGUCAAUGUCAACUCUAUGAAUAACAUGCCGAGGGAGAGUGAUGCUGGUGAUAAUAGUAUUUGGUUGAAAGAAGUGUGGAAUCCUGGAGAGAUUCCAGAAGAAGCACCUCCAGAUAAGUAUAUCUUCUAGGUUAAUAGUGGAACUAUGGAAUUGUUGUGUAUUCUUUCCUAGCUAGCGUUGGAACUAGGUCUCUCUCUCUCUCGUUGGUGGCUAGGGUUAUUUAGUUUCUGCCUCUAGUUACUCACUAUAUAUUAUGGCUAUCAGUUGAAAUAUCAUAAUAGAGACCAAGAAAUCUUUGGUGAGCUUCAUUAGUCGUUGGUUUGCAUGUGUGGCUUUAUUCAACUGUAACUAUCGUUUCUAACUUGUUCCUUAUUUUACCAUAAACACGUGGUUUAAUUUUACGGUUUUUUUUUUCCAA